UUAUUUUUUUUAAUUAGUAUGAAGAAAACUAUGUCUGUUAUUUGAAAGUUGUUUGAUGUCAUUAAGCUCAAAAUGGCUGGAUAUCGAGGAGGUCACAUACUUAGGAUAAAACUAAAAAAUUUCAUGUUCAGAUUGAUGUUUUUGAGGUAUUUGACUAUUGCCGAAAAGAAGUUUUAAAUAUGGUGGUUAAAGCUGCUUUAGAGUGUCAAUUAUCAAAAACUUGCCUGUACUGUCUUUGCAAAAAUGAAAAAGAGGAAAAUCUGAAAAGAGAUAAAAAGGAUUGCCUAGAUAAGGAUUUAAAUUUUGCCGUUCUCAAGGAAAAGAAAAAAACUGGGGAUCAGUUUAAGAAAGAGCCAUUACUAAGAAAUAUGUUUGAAGAAGACUUGUCUAUGCUAUACUGUUACUGGACCUAUGAUGAAUUAGAAUUAUUUCCUAAACAUGGACUUAAUCUGGUUGUUGGUGUAAAUGGAAGCGGCAAGUCAUCUAUAAUGUGUGCGAUUUGCUUAGGCCUUGCAGGGAAACCUCAAUUCACUGGUCGAUCUGCUCAAUUGUCAGAAUACAUAAAAUAUGGCUGUGAUAAAGCUACUAUAGAAAUUGAACUAUUGGAGAACCUCAUUUAUAUCAGCUUUUUAAAGACUUAAAACAAAUGAAAGUGGACUCUGUGAAAUUAGAAGAAGAAAUCAAUUUACAUAAAAAUCACAAAAGUGUAGAAGAUCAAAAAAAUGAACGAAUAAAAGUGGAUGUUGAAAAACAGGAAGAAAGAACAAUACUAAAAGAAACUCUAAGAACUUUGAAACAGCAUAAAAUGUAUUUGGACUAUCAAGAAAUACGGAAAAUGUCAUCUGAUCUAAAAAAAAAAAUUAAGCCAAAAGAAGAAGAAAUUAACACAGCAAAACUGGAUAUUGAAAAAAUAAAUAAUUAUUGUCAAGAAAAAAAUUCUAUUAUCCGAGAAAACUUUGAGCAGAUUAAAAAUGCGAAAAGGACAUCAUCUGUUAUUCAAGAAAAAAUUGUAGAAUAUGAAGCUAAACUAUCUGAAUUUCAAGAUAUGGGUUGCAAUGCCAAAAUACGUUAUCAAAAAAGAAUUGAAGAAAAAAGAAAUCAAGUACAAAAAUUAGCUGAAAUUAAACAACAAAAGCUUGCUUUAGAAAGGCUAGUUCAAAAAAGUAGAUCGGAAUGUCCGGAACUGAAGGAAGAAAACAUAAAAUUGACAGCAGAAUUAGAAGACUAUAAAACUCACAUCUCAAAACUUAACUCAACAUUUGCUUUUAUAAAUGUGGAGAGAAAUAAAUUGGAAUAUGGUAUUAAAAAUAAUUUAAACGAAAUUGAAUCUUUGAGAAAUGAAGAUAAUAAAAGAUUAGAAUUUUUGAAGCAGAGGUUCAAGGAUGCAUAUGAAGGAGUUAUAUGGUUACAACAAAAUUAUAAUAGAUUUAGAGCUAAAGUUCAUCCACCAAUACUGACUUUGCUAAAGAUAGAAAAUGAAGAUAACUGUAAAUAUAUAGAAAAUUUAAUCAGUCAAAGAGACUUAGUUGCCUUUGUCUGUGAAGAUAAGGAAGACAACAAGCUUUUAACGCAGAUAUUGAGAGUGCAAAAGAAGCUCAAUGUCAAUAUAGUGAUGGCUCCAGACAAGCCUUUGGAUUGCUAUAGAGCUCCACCCCUGACAAAGCAAUUCAGGCAAAUGGGUAUUUUAUGCUUUUUGAGGGAAAUAAUAUCUGCUCCUGAUGCUGUUAUGCGUUUCUUGUGUGAAUGUUAUAAAUUACAUAUGAUACCUAUUUGUAAUCACACUGCUGAAGAAAAAGAAAAAAAUAUGCGAGAUAUACUUCAGAAUUUUAGGUCUUUUUUUACAGCUAAUGCGAGGUAUUCUGGGAAAUAUUCAAAAUAUGGCAAUAAAAAUUUCAGCAUGAGAAGAGAUCCAAUACAGCGCAAGAGGAUUAUUCCAAGUUCCAGAGACCACUCUGAUCAACUACAAGAGCUUUUAGCUAAAUCCCAGGCUAUGAAAUCUGAGUUUGAAAGUUAUACGUCCGAACUUAAAAAGUUACAUGAAGAUAGGAAAACACGUGAAAGAGAAGAAAAUGAUCUUCGAGAAAAAAAAAGAGCUGUUGUUGAGAAAUUGAGAGAACAUCAUACAUAUGAACGUCAACUUGUACAAAAAACAGAGACUUAUGAAAGAAAGAAAGAUGAAAUCAUAAAUGAAGAAGAUGAGAAAAUAAUUCUCAUGAAAAAAAUUCAAGAAAUAAACUCUAAAAAAUGUUUCAUUCUGAAGAAAUUUAAUGAAUUAUUAGUGGACUUCAUAAAGUGUAAAAAGAAGAGACUGACUAGUAAUUUGAAGGCAAAGUUGCUUGAAAAAAGUAUAUUCACUUUUCAACGACAAUUGAAAGAAAAAAAAGAACAACUCGCAGUGGAUGAGAGAAAUCUGGAAAAAUUAAAACAACAUAGAGCAGCCAUUGUAGAAAAGGGAUUUGCUUUUCAUAAUGAAAUUAAAGGAUUCUUACAAGAACUACAAGCUAUUCUAAACAAGAAUGUAAAGUCUGAUACUCUUCUCACGAAUAAACUGUUAUCCUGUUCUGAUGAUUCUGUGUCCCUGCAAUGUAAUAAAUUUGGAAAUCUAGAUGAAUGUUCUAUUCCCAGUUUACCAAAGCCUUUAAUGAAGAAAUUAUUAAAUAAUUAUGGCUGUAAAACUAAAGAAGAAACUGAAAGAGAAAUCAGCCGUAUUCAAGCACAACUGGAAAUAACUUCUGAAGAGAAUGAAGCAGUUCUACAUGAAUACACACAACGAAAAAAGAGAAUUGCAGAAAUAGAGACAAAUAUUGAAACAUUUCACACCAAGUUGAGGGAACUGAAAGCAGAUAUAGAUAAAAAGAGGAAUGAAUGGCUGCCUUCUUUAUCAAAAUACAUCAGAAAUAUUAAUAGAAAGUUCAGUCAAUAUUACAAACAACUCAAAUGUGCAGGCGAAAUAAGUUUAGAUACAUGCAAUGAUUCGGAUGAUUUUCCCAAGUAUGGUCUUCAAAUAACACUGAAAUACCGAGACAAUGAGCCAUUUAUGGAAUUGUCCAGCACUCAUCAUAGUGGUGGAGAGUGCAGUGUUGCUGCUAUUAUCUUCAUUCUUUCUUUGCAAGAACUCACAGAAGUGCCUUUUAGAUGUAUUGAUGAAAUUAAUCAGGGGAUGGAUGCUCAAAAUGAAAGAAGUAUGUACAAUUUAAUUUCAGAUAGUGCAAAAAGUGGAUCCUGCUCUCAAUAUUUUCUGCUUACUCCUAAGUUAUUGACAGGUCUGGAUAUGCUUGAGCAUGAAGAUGUUACUGUUCACAUCAUUUUUAACUCAACCUUUUUAGAAGUAGAUAUGAGUGUCCAACAACAUAUUGAACUGUUAGAUACCUGAUAGAAAUGAGAAACAUUUCUUUAUACAUGUACAGUUGGUUUUAAAAUCAAAAUUGUUUAUUUGUAUUUUUCCCCCUUGUUUUGUUACAAUAUCUCAAAAUUAAAAUAAAAAAUAAUCUUGUAU